CAUAUACUCAGGGGAAGGAUAAUCCACUUCGUCUUGAACAGCCCCGGUCCCCACUGGGACAGUCGCAGGACCUUCGGCGACGAGUGUGCGCGCGUAAAGUGGCGCGCCGCCUCUCACACCGGCUAACUGGGCCAGCCUGAGCGUGUGUUGGACGGCGGGAGCUGAGGCUUUAACGCUGAUAGGCGCAUGGGAUGCUGUCCCCAAAAGAGUGAUAAGGUACAUUGGAUGAAAUCAUGACCAGGUGGGCACGAGUUACUACCACACAUAACAAGAGACCCUUGCCUGCAACAUCAUGGGAGAACAUGAAGAAGGGACCCUUUGAAGGAGCAAGCCAAAACCUACCAAAGCGUAAACAACUUGAAGCCAAUAGACUUUCCCUUAAAAAUGAUGCACCCCAAGCAAGACUUAAAAAGAACAAAAAGAAAAAAGAGUACUUAAAUGAAGAUGUGAAUGGAUUCAUGGAGUACCUAAGACAGAACUCACAGGUGGUUCACAAUGGGGAGAUGAUAGCAACAGACAGUCAGGAACUAAGGGACGAAAUUGUAGUUGCCUUAAAGAAAGACAGUCGACGGGAAGGAAGACGAUUAAAACGACAAGCAGCAAAGAAAAAUGCAAUGGUAUGUUUCCAUUGUAGAAAACCUGGCCAUGGAAUUGCAGAUUGCCCGGCUGCCCUUGAAAAUCAAGAUAUGGGCACAGGAAUAUGUUAUCGGUGUGGCUCCACAGAGCACGAAAUAACUAAGUGCAAGGCUAAAGUAGACCCAGCUCUUGGUGAAUUUCCUUUUGCAAAAUGUUUUGUUUGUGGGGAAAUGGGGCAUUUGUCCAGAUCUUGUCCAGAUAAUCCCAAAGGACUCUAUGCUGAUGGUGGUGGUUGCAAACUUUGUGGCUCUGUGGAACAUUUUAAGAAAGAUUGCCCUGAAAGUCAGAAUUCAGAUCGAAUGGUCACAGUUGGUCGCUGGGCAAAGGGAAUGAGUGCAGACUAUGAAGAAAUUUUGGAUGCACCUAAAACACAGAAACCCAAAACAAAGAUACCUAAAGUUGUUAAUUUCUGAUAAUAGUUAGUACUUCGGUUAGUCACCACCUCAUUGUUACUCCCAAACUG